AUGUCACUGUUUAGCCAGGCCGAUUUUGAAGCAGACAACCAGAAGCAACCAGCUGUGGAACACUGGAAGACACUAAUGCCAUCCAAAGGCAGCAAGGAGGAGCCAGAGACUGGAUGUCAGGAUGCUGGAGGUGUGGAUGAAACUCAGGCCACCGAGCAGCUAAAUGUGUCACGUCUACGCAGCUCUUCAGUGGAGAUCCGUGAAAAAGGGUCUGAAUUCCUCAAGGAGGAGCUGCGCAAAGCACAAAAGGAGCUGAAGCUGAAGGACAAAGAAUGUGAGAGAUUAUCAAAAGUCAGAGAGCAACUGGAGCAGGAACUAGAAGAGUUAACAGCUAGCCUAUUUGAGGAAGCGCACAAGAUGGUGAGAGAAGCAAACACUAAACAGGCAGCGUCAGAGAAACAGCUGAGGGAGGCACGAGGGAAGAUCGACAUGCUGCAGGCAGAGGUGACAGCUCUGAAGACUCUGGUGAUCACAUCCACACCUUCCUCUCCGAACCGGGAGCUGCACCCUCAGCUCCAGAGCCCUUCUAAAGCUGUCUUCAGGAAGGGCCAUGGGCGAAACAAAAGCACCAGCAGCGCAAUGGUCUCAGCUGCCAGCCAGAACGUGACUCCAGAGCCAGUCAGUCGUGAGUGCAAAGAG